AUGUUAAAUUUCGCAGUGGGUUCCGAGGUUCCGAGCUCUUAUGAGUCAUUAGCGCACACCAAACUUGCACGCAUUCCGAGGUUACAUCGUCCCCUGCCUCGAACGGUCAUACCUAGCAAACACCAACACGCGACCAAGCUUGCAUUCCGAGCUUCCCCACCCGACGUCUCCGCGCUCUACAUCGUCCGCCUCCGCUCCGCGCCACCCGUCGCCUCGUACCGCGGCGGACUACCCGGCUACCCGGCAACGGCCGUCUGGGUGAGCGACCCUAACGGCAACGCGACAGAUGCGACGGCAGACGACGCCCCAAACGGUUCUGGAGCCGUUGGCGCCGCUUCUGCUUCCUCCUCCUCCGCCGCCGCUGAUGCGGCUACUACUAACAAUCGCGGGCGGUUUGGCCGUCCGCUGCGGCGGCCGCGGUUGAACGUGAGGGCGCCGGGCGUGAGGGCGUUCAAGCAGCUGCUGCAGCGCAUGCAGCAGGCCGUGCUGAGAGACAGCGGGGUGGACGCGGGGAAGAUGCUCUAUAGCUACAAGCACGCGUCAAACGGCUUCUCAGCGACGCUCACGGCAGCGCAGGUGCGGCGGAUGAGGCGGCAUCCAUCAGUGGCGUCCGUGACGCAGGCGCGCGUGCUGCGCCCCGCCACCACCCACUCGUACAACUUCCUCGGCCUGCCCUCCUCAUUGUGGGCCGACGCGGGCGGGCCCAGCAGCGCGGGGGACGGGACCGUCAUCGGCAUAGUGGAUACAGGCAUAUGGCCUGAGCACACCUCGUUUGACGACAUGCAGGGCUACAGCAGCACGCUCCCUGUCGGAUGGGCGGGUACGUGUCCCACUACAAGCGACUUCGCAUGCAACAACAAGAUCAUCGCGGGGGGCAUCUUCCACGCGGGGUUUGAGAGCGGCGGCACCACCCUCGACCUCUCGUACGACUGGAACUCACCGCGCGAUUCUGCUGGGCACGGCACGUGGUGUGCGGGAGACCCUUCCCUCAUCGUCCUCGCAAACCUAUUUCAACCGUCCUCUCCUUUUCUCUCUCCCUCCAGGGCAGCAGCAGGCAACAACAACGUGCCGAUCCGCAGCAUCGGCGCGGCCAGUGGCAUGGCGCCGGGGGCACGCCUGGCCAUCUACAAGGUGUUCUGGCAGGCCAAUGGGGACCUGUACGCCACGAGCCCAGACAUCUUCUCAGCCGUUGAUCAGGCCAUGGCCGACGGUGUGGAUGUGCUGAGCCUGUCGCUGGGCGGAGCCAGUCCCACCGACACCUACUUUGACGACGUGCCCUUCAUCAGCGUCCACGCGGCGGGGGUGUUUGUGGCGUUUUCAGCGGGCAACGACGGCCGCCCAUCAGCCUUUGCACCCACGGGCUAUCGCACGCUCUGCAACUUCUCGCCCUACUACAUGACCGUGGGCGCCAGCACCAUUCUCCGCAAUGGAGCAUCCCUCUCCUCCACAACAGCAUCAGCUGCAGCAACAGCAGCGUCCCUAGAAGCUCCAACCAACACCACAUCCCCUGCAGCCAUCUCAGCCACCAAACCCACCACAGUGUCAACCCUCAGUGGAGCGCGCAUCCCAGCCAGAAUUUCUCCAGCAGCCACCGCCGCCCCGGUAGUCGCCUACUUCUCCUCCACCGGCCCACUCGCCAAGCCAUCACGCUCCACCCCUGCCGCCUACCCCUCCAACACCAUCCUCAAGCCCGACAUCAUCGCCCCGGGGGUAGAGCUCUACGCUGCUGCUCCCGGCACCACCAUCAUGUCAGCUAUGAUGACUACAGCGCGGACGAGUAAUAGCAGAAAAGGGGCGAUUAAAAACGAGUAUGGGAAGGCUGCGUCGCCGUGGGAGAUUGGAGCAGGGCAUGUGGUGCCUGCUAGGGUGGUUAACCCUGGGUUAACCUAUGAUGCUGGGGAGCAGGACUUCAGAAACUUUCUCGCUGGGCAAAAUUAUAACAGAGCGCGGGGUGAAUUCGGUACAGCUUCUCUGAAAGCCAUUGCAGCGAAGAAUCUCAAUUGGCCAGCUAUCUCGCUGCCCAAAGUGCACGUUAAAGCUACAGUUACACGGACUGUUACAAAUGUCGCGGAUACCACGUCGACUUAUACAGUGAGGAUUAAGAGACCUCCCGGAGUAAAUGUGAAGGUCUCACCGUCAAGGUUUACGAUCGCACCGGGGCAACAAAAGACGUACACGGUGACUGUGGUGGUGAAGUGGGCUUCACAGUCGUUCAAGUUCGGCAGCCUCACGUGGGUGGACAACAAGGGGCACUCCGUGCGGUCCGUGCUGGCCGUGCAGCCGAGUAGUGCGUGCUGGUUUGGUUGCUAA